GUGGGGCGAAUCAGUGACGUCAUUUCAACAUGGCUGCGCACUGUGAGAACAUAAUCAACGCGGACGGUGAGGUGACCCUGAUCCUAGACCCAGAGAAGAGCACAUUUCUUGGCAAUGCUCCUCUGUACCAGUCAUCCGAUGAUCCCAAUACAUAUUACCUUGAUGAAGCAUUGACUGUGAAAGUGAACUUGUAUACUACUGUAACCAACCAAGAGGAUGAGGUGUAUAUUGUGGAGUCUGAACCCAUGCUAGAAAAUGAAUCGUUUAAUAAAGAGCAAACUCUCUUUCUGAUCGAUUUGAUGCGCCAGCAGUUGGAGGCAGAUGGCGAAAGUCUCCUUGGAACGUUAAAGGAGCUGAAUCCCCGAAUCAAGUCAGGCAAAAGCCGCAGGAAACAUAUGUGGAGGGAGAUGGCUACUCGGCUCUCAAAACACUUUAGUCAGGUCUUCCAUCCUGAUCAUGUGGCGAGAAAAUGGUACACGCUUGAGGAUGAAUACAAAAAGGCCAAAGACAAUAAUAGGACAACUAAUCAAGAAGCCAUGACGUUCCAGUUUUUUAGUGAGAUGGAAGAGCUGUUGGGUGGGCAUCAUGAUGUCGAAUUUCCUGUUGUUGGCACGGUGAAAGGUGUAGAGGUGCGCAGGCCAAAGGCAUUAAACAUAGACGGUGAAAGGGACUCGCCUGUGACAGCGCACACAGGAUCCACUACACCAGCAGUAACACCAACACGACCUCCUCUGCUCAAACGGAGAAGAACCGAUAAGCACUAUUUGACUCUUUUGGACUUUUUAAAGGAGUCUGCAGCAGCUCGUCAGCGGCGCCAUGAGGAGACUCUGGCCCAGAUGAAAUCUGCUCAAGAUGGGUUUGAGGCUCUAAUGAACAGAUGCCUGGACAAACUUUGACCUCAUCUGUGUGUCUAUAACCACACAAACCAUUCAACUCUGAUAUUUUGUGUAUUUACUUAGUGUGUUUUUUUUUUUUUUUUUUGCUCAUCUUUUGUGUAUAAUGGAAUAUAUGACUGACUGACUGGACCAUGUAAAAAUAUUUUUAUACGAGUAUUGUGAUUUGAUAGAACAGUAUUUAAAUUCCUGAGCUCAUUCAGAGAACCUGAAGUAAAGGAAUUUGUGAACUAUUGAGUCUUUUGUAUAUCACUUUGAUGAUGAUUCCUGUUUAAGUCUCAGAAGCAAACCAAAGGAAUGAAUGUAGCUUGGACAUUUAUAUUCAGCACACUUGCAUACAUAGGAGAGAAAGUUUAUACACCCCAUU